CGCUCAAUUAAUCCAGCACCAUCCACCCAUAUAUCGCCCUCAGCUUGGGAACUGGAGCCUAACCUGUUUGGAAAUGGUCUACAUGGUAUGGAGUUACGGUGUUCACGGAGCCCAAUCAUAUUAGGAUCCACCUAAGCGCCAAUACUAGUGGUUCAUCCUACAACGAGACGAAAAAGGUGCUCGCUAUGUACUAGUAACGUAAACGUGUGCACCCUAACAAUGCCAUCAUCGCACGCAUAAUAUCUUCAAAAUCGGCAGAAUCGAUGAAAGUACAAACAUGUGGGCAUAGCAGCGCAAACGGCUCGAACGUAGGUACAAAUAAGAAACACGCGGCGGCCGAUGAUGAUGGGUUGGUUAAACUGCAAAAUGAUCUCUUUCAACGUGCAUCUACCAGAGAUUUGUAUCUUCCCUUCUUUCUUCCUCUACUAACGGUAAAACGGCAAAGCCAUUGUAUAUCUUUUCUCCCAUGUAAAAUAUAUACAGACAUGGGCAGUUCUCCCAGAGGAAGCAUGCCAACCGCAAAUCUGCAAUCCACCAUAUCAAGCAUACAAGUGUCUUUGAAAAUGCUCAAGACUUUGAAUAUAUCAAGAAGAAUCCUUCUUCAAGUACAUUGCAGAGGUAUACAGACUCAUAGAGCUGCGACGACUACCAUCGGACUGUCUCCGUCUUCUAUGAUGGGCCAAGCGGCUCGCAAAGAACGCGAAGAAGGCAAUAUCAGCUCUGUAUUCGCUUCGCUAUCAGGCGAAGCAGAGAAGCCAUUUCCUCCCCGCUUUGCUGAACUCAAACGCACCAUCAUUGGUGAUGAGGCUAACCAGAGAAGGCUCAUCGCCGGAUGGAAAACUUUGACGGAGAGGUUGGCUGAGGCCUCCAAAGAGAUUGAAUAGAAACAGCAAGACAUUAUCCCCCAAACGACAUAUAAUGAGUUCAUCAAUGGUCAAAGUGACGAACUUAACGCUUGUAUCAAAAAUUGCGGCGCAGUGAUUAUUCGACAAGUGGUCGACCAACAAACAGCGCUUAAAUGGCUUGAGGAUGUCAAGGCACACAUUGCAAAGAACCCCUCGGUGAAAGGCUUCUCAGAGAACGACAAGCAGGUAUCCGAACUAUACUGGUCCAAGACACAGCUCUCUGCGCGCUCUCACCUUCGAUCAAUGGCAACCCAACGAGCCCUUCUCUCAUUAUUUUCCCAUCAUCAGAUGCUCCAGUUUCUUUGAAUACUCCCCUCACCUAUGCUGAUCGACUUCGUAUCCGACAUCCAGGGGAUGCACAGUUUGCCCUGGGUCCACAUGCUGAUGGAGGCAGCAUUGAAAGGUGGGAGGAUGAGACUUACCGAAAAGUGUACCAGCGCUGUUUGGAAGGCGAAUGGGAGAAAUACGACGCUUGGACUAUUGGCGAGAGAGCUUUGGCUAAACAGAGCAUGUAUGAUGGUCCCGGAGCUUGCGGGGUUUUCAGAGCCUUCCAAGGCUGGACAUCCAUGUCUGAUACUUGUCCCACUGAAGGAACCUUGAAGAUCUACCCACUCAUCAAAGAACUUACAGCUUACACUAUGAUGAGGCCCCUUUUCCGGGAGAAACAGUCUCGAGCAGAGCUUCCUAGAGAGGAAUACCUUUCAGCAUCCAACUGGGAGCUUGAUUUUGAGACUUCACGUUUCCCAAAUUCGCCUAUUGCCAGGAGCCAAGAGUAUAAUGACGAAACUCAUCCUCAUCUCGAAUUGGGCAGAACUAUGAUCAGCAUUCCAAGGGUUAAGCCUGGAGACCAAGCAUGGUGGCACGGAGAUAUGAUCCAUUCUGUAGAGUCCAUGCACAAAGGAAAAGGACCUUCGGCAGUCCUUUACAUCCCUGCGGUUCCACUCACGCCCCAGAACGUGGACUAUAUCCGUGACCAAAAACGCCUUUUCAUGGAGGGAAGGCCGGCGCCUGACUUUCCUGGUGGAGUGGGUGAGAGCCAAUUUGUGGGUAGAGGCAAGAUGGAAGAUAUCGAAAGCAUUGAAGGUAAACAAGCCAUGGGCCUUGAGCCGUUUGAUGUCAGUGGUCAGCUUACUCCUGGGGAACGUCACAUACUGGAACAGGCAAACAAAGUACUGGGCUUUUGAAACUGUAAUACGAGCCAGUGCGCGGCGAAGUGGAAUUGUAUAAUAGCUUCACAAGGUCGAUAAGUUGGAUUGACGGCAUGUAGUUGUAUUCAAAGAAACAUGAUCGCAUAGCAGCAAUUGAUCUAUGUCAGCAACAUAGCGCAAAUCUGCGGUUGUACAAUGAUCUUGGCGAGUGGCACAGAAAUUAUCCACUCUGAUGGAUGGUGAUGAGCUUCAUUACUGAGACUUUCAUAAUCUUCAUGCCACAUCCUUGUACCGGUACUGUAUGACGACGAUGCAUGCGAUGGGCCCAGUCAAUGCAAUCUCUGU